AUGGUAAAAGGUCACCGUGACAAAGGCUGGAUUGAAAUACGUAAUCUUCAAUUCAGUGUGAACUCGGUUCCCCCCCAACUCAGGUCCUCUGGGACGGCGCCUUUUCCCGCGACAGCUGGGCUCAUCAACCGUCGGGAGCGCCUACGCCACGGUUCCCGACGGGAUUGGGCGGCACAUGCGGUAAGUUCCGGGGUGGUCCUCAGCACAUUCCCACGGACGCUGCGUGCUGUGAACGAAGGAACGUUGGCAGCAAGCACGUUUGGCGCUUCUGUGUUGGGUAAGCUCUCUGCCCCCAGGCGGCGAACACAAUUGACGAUGACUCUCGCGUUCUGGGCUUUCGGGUCGCGGUCGGCCGAGGCGUGGCUUAGCUAA